UUGAGAGAACUACUUGGAAGCUGCCUGUCCGAUUCCAGCAUUGCGACAUGAAAAUUCAUAACGUUCUGUCAAAGCUCCUUCUCCACUUCCAAACCUGGCUGCUUCCACCCUUCUUUUCCAAGCUGAAAAUUUGGAAAACACCCCGAGGUUUGAACAUGGAAAUCAGUCCCAUUCGGGGUGACAGGUUCUGUGAAAAGCUAAGCGUAGGAGAGAUAAAGGUGGUGAUGGACAGGCUAGGAAUGAGUUACGAGGGGGAUGAUUUGGGAGCAGAUGAGCUUGCUGAGACGUUCGAUCAGGAAGCGCCUUGCUUGGAGGAGUUUAAGGAAGCUUUCGACGUUUUCGAUGAGAACAAAGACGGGUUCAUUGAUGCAACAGAGCUGCAGAGAGUGCUACGUUGCUUAGGCGUGAAGGAAAGCUUGCUGCUGUUGGAGGAGUGUAGAAGGAUGAUAAGGGUUGCUGAUGAAGAUGAAGAUGGAAGAAUCGAUUUUAACGAGUUUGUGAAGUUUAUGGAGACUUGCUUUCUAUGAAAAUUCAUGUAAUUUUUAAUUUUCUUAAUGUGUGACUUUCCUUUAUUUUUCCGGAAAUUUUCUAGUAGUUUUACGAUGUUCUUA